AUGACAGCUCCAGCGACCUACGAGACUGAAGUCGGAUUGUCCCGACUACGCCAAAAGCAACUUCGAGCGGCAGAACAACCAGGGGAGUCGGAAAUAUCUAUUACCCGUGCUGACCGAAGCAUCGAAGGGAUUGCGCACCUCAACUCUGAUAAGCCACUUGUGCAAACCAAAUCCAAACGAUUAGAUUUGAGAACGGUCUCUGGAAAGAUAGAUAUUGAAUUAAUAAUGGAAGGUCAUGAACGCCUGGGAUUGGAAGCUACAGGAGCAAAGAGGGAGGCGAAUGUUAGCAUUAAAAUCACCAGAACCAGCCAGAUCAGUAGAUUUGAUCUCGUGAUUCAAACACCAGGCGAUAUUGAUAUUGGACUUCCAUCUGAUUUUACUGGCCUUUUUACAUACGAGCAUGCGAAACCAGCCUACUACUCCGAGAGAGCAUUGACUAUUUUAGGGCCAGACGCCGAGCACGUCGAAUACCUACCUGAUGGGAGUACUAGGAGAAAACUUGGAAAUUUGGCUCGAGUAGCUGGAGAGCUAGUCGGCGACACUGUUUUGGUGAGAUGUGAAAACGAGGAUGCAGAAGUUAGGGUGAUGAUGUGGGACGAAGAGACCGGAACCAGUCCAUUUUCCCUAUCGUCUAUCACUCGGAAGUUACGGAGAGUACCCAAAGAAAAGGUGUCCUUUCGACUGAGAGAUCCGUCUGUUUCGCGUUUGGGUCUAUCCCACCCACUUACUAGCGACUACCAGUGA